UAUAAUUCAAAAGUCAAAAGCUCAAACAUAUUCUCUAGCUCAAGAAGAUACAAUGGCAUUACCAAAUUUUGAUGCUCUAAGAGACUUGCACGACUCAGCCAACGAUUUGCUUCACUCAUCGAUGAUCAAACGAGAAAUCGCGCACCAAGGACAAGAAAAAUGGGUCCAUGAUGUUUCUGAAACAUCGUUAAGGAUGCUCGAAGUAUGUACCACUACAAAAGAUGUUCUUUUGUUAGUUAAAGACCAUCUCCAUGACCUCAAGUCAACGUUCAGAAGAAUAAGCGUUGGAGAUAAUAACAAAUUCACAGUAUCUUUUCAUUGUCAACGAAAGAAGUUGAAGAAAGAAAUAUUAAAGCGUUUGCAUUCCUUAAAGGGAAUGAAAUUAUCAUUGGUGUCGGACCAAAGCUCAGAAAGUAAAAAUAAUUUGAUGGUAGUUGUGAACGUGCUUAGGGAAGUGAAAGUUGCUACUAUGUCAAUUGUGGAGUCAUUGAUGUCACUUAUGUUAAUGCCAAGUCCAAAUAACAAGAAAUUAAAUAAAGGGUAUUUUUUUGGAUCAAAGUUGAUGAGAGUGAAUAGCUUUAGUUCUUGGGAAAAAUGUGAUGCAAUGACAUUACAAUGUGCGAAUAAAAGAUUGGAAGCAGUGGAGAUUGUUAUUGAAGAUGUUCUUGAAGGAGAAUUAGAGUGUAUUAUUCGGCGUCUAAUUAGGACAAGAGUUUCUCUUCUGAAUAUACUCACAUGUUAAAUUCGGUGUAUAUAAGUUAAACUCUUGAAAUGACAAGCGAAAAGUAGGAGCCAGUUAAGAUUUCUGCUGAGCUAAUUGAAGCAAUGACUGCAGAUUCUCGAAUCUGAAUCUUCUGAUAUUCAGAGUUCAGAUCAAACUAAUUGUAACUGAUUACUCUUAGUUCAUUGUAUCACUUUAUUCUUUUAUUUGUUUCAGAUCAAUAAA